AUAUAUUAUUUAUUAUAUAUUUAUAUGGGUAGUAUAGUGUAUGAUAACGAUAAUCCAUUGUUCGUUUUAUGUCGCGGGAAUCCGGGGGAAACAAGGAGAUAUGUCGUUAUGUCGUUUUCUGAAAAGAAACAGAGCUACUAAAGUUUGUGACUUUUGUAAACGAAGAAAAGUUAAAUGUGAUCUCGGUAAUCCUUGUUCAACUUGUGUUAAAUAUGGGAAUAAGUUUUGUCGAUAUUAUGAACAAGGUCAAUAUCCUAAUGAUGAUAUAAAUUUAAAUUCAAAUACUUUAACUACAGCAACAACCCUACUAUAUAAUGAUCAUAAUAGUAAUGGAAUAUCUCAAUCAGCAGAACUGUUGGUUCAAGAUCAAUUAUUUCAACUUAAAGAAAAGUUGAGAUCAUUAGAAGAAUCUGUUCAAGCUAGAAAGAGAGUUAAUUAUGGAAUCUCUCAAAAGGGAAGUUAUGUACCUCCUCCAUUACAACAACAAUCAAAUUCAAUACAACCAUCACCACCUUCUAAUCAUUAUAAUAACAAUAAUAACAAUAACAAUAACAAUAGUGAUAGUAAUUCUAAUUCAUAUACUCCUGAAAAACCAGAUUUUACAAGUUUUAAAAAUCUUAUAGGAGUAAAUCCAGUAGCUUCACCAAAUGAUACAAUAAAUUUUUAUGAGGGUUAUACAUCAGUACUUGGACGAGAUGAUAUUCGUAGAAAAAAUUUUGGUCCAUUAUCUUGGAUAACUCUUAUAAAGACUGAUACAAUAGGUUCUAAAUUAUGGAAUUAUCUUCAUGUAUUAAAAAGUGGUAAAGCAUUAAAAUUAAAUUUUUUUAAUAAUGCUAUGUUAAAUUCUAAUAAUAAACCAAAUGUAAUGGAUCGUCAUUUUACUCAAAAAGUAUCAAUUGAAGAAGGACUUCAAGAUGUUAAACCUUAUAGUGGAGAAGAUGAUGAAGUUACUGGAAUGAAUUUAGGUGGUAUUUGUGGAUCUGCUGUAAAUUCCGCCAUCAAUACUGAUGAUCCAAAACUGUCUAAUAAUAAUAAUAUUAUUAAUAAUAAUAGUAAUAUUAAUAAUAUUAAUAUUAAUUCCGAUGAUGGAAGAAGAAAAUCAACUUCAGUAAAAUUAGAAGGUAAAAGAUCAGAAGAAGAUGUAAAAAUCUUUCGUGAUGGACUUGCAGCCAAAGCUAAAAGUUUAGGAAUUUCAUUUUUUGAAGGAGGAUUCUCAGAAGAAAUGGCUCUUGCAGAAAAGAUUCAACUUGUAUUACCUAAACAAAAGGCUAUAUGGUUACUUUAUAGACGAUAUUUUACUCAUUUAUAUACUGCUAUUCCAUUAAUUGAUGAAGUUGUAUUUAAAGAAAAGGUUCAAAAAUUAAUUGGUUAUGAAAAUACUCAUAAUGAUGAAACAAGAGUUCAAGUUAAAGUUAAUAAAAAAUUAGAUUUUGCAACUUUAGGUAUGCUUUUAUUAGUUAUUAGAUUAUCAUAUCUUACAUUAUUUACAAAUGUUGCAUCAAUUAAUGAAGCAAAAUUACAAACUAAUGAUCCAUCACCUCGAGCUCAAGAAAUUAAAUAUUUACUUAAUAAUCCAGUUAAUCUUGAUUGUAUUGAUAUAGCACAAACUUGUCUUAAUCAAUUUAAUUUAACUAGACCAAUUAAUAUGGAAAUUAUGCAAUUGGCAUUAUAUACUCGUAUAUAUCAUUGUUAUGCACCAGAAGAUGGAGAUGGAUCAGAUGGAGGUGAUGCACUUGUAUUUAAUGCAAUGUUAGUACAAAUGGCUAUAUCACUUGGAUUAAAUCGUGAUCCAGAUAAUUUUCCUGAUCAAUGUAAUGAUGAAAAAAUGAAUAAUUUAGGAAGAAAAAUGUGGUAUAUGAUAUUAGUAUUUGAUGUUAAUAAUGCAAUGGCAGUUGGAACUCCAUUAAGUAUUGAUAUUAAUAGUUUUGAUACUAAAUUGCCUUAUUAUGUUCCAGGAAAUGAAAAUGUAAUUGAUGUGGAACUUGAAAAGCAAACAGUUGCAAAUAUUAGUAAAUUUGGUAAUGUAUUUGAUGCAUUAGCUGAUAUGAUGAAAAUGAUUACAAAUGUUCGAGGUAAAGUUAAAUUAACUGAAUUAACUGAAAAAUUGGAUUUUAUGGAAAAUAAAUUUGUACUUGAAUCAGAAAAUUUAACGGAAAUCUUUUUUAAUAAUGAAAGUUUAUCAAGAAGUGAAAUUUCUAGUCAAACUGUUAAAAUGAAAGUUCAUUUUACAUCUAAUUUCUUUAUGGUUUCAAUUUUUUUUCAUAUAUUUAAUUAUUAUGAAAGAAAGGGGAAUUCUGAUUUAGCAUUCUUUUAUUUAAAAAAGAUUUUUGUUAUAACUAUUCAUGAUUUAAUGCCAUUUUAUUUUGAAUUUCUUGAUCGUUCAGAAGUUAUAUUUAAAAAUUCAACAGAUUUAACUAUUACUCCAUCAUUUGAACUGGUAACUCAUAAAUCUUGUAUUGUAUUAAUGUCAAUUGCCGUUAGAUUAAGAUUAGCAAUUCAUGAAUUAGAAAGUCAUUAUGAACAUUCAUCAAAAUUAGCAAAAGAUAUUAAGUAUAAAAUUCAUUUUGAUUGUCUUAAACGAGUUUGUUCAUUAAUUGAAAAAUGUACUAAUGUAUUUAGAGAAUCAAUUGCUAGAUUAAGUCAUCGUUAUUAUUAUGCUUGGAGAAUUACUAAAGCUCAUAAUUUUUUAUCAACAUUAUUAGCUUCAAAUGAUUUUAUUAAUCAAUUUAAACCUCCGGCAGCUCAAUCUGGAAUUGUUUUUAAUACUGCUAUGUUAGAAGAAAUGGCAAGUAUUUUAGAAAGUGCUCUUUUUAAAGUUAAAGAACAUAAAAAAACAAGAAAGGAAACUGAAGGUAGACCUAAUACAUUUAGAGAACCUUCAAAGAGUGAAAGUAUUGUUAAUGGAUCAAGACAUUAUGCUGAUAGUCCAUCAGGAAAUGUAUCAGGCAAUAAUAAUACAUUUUAUACGACUGCUACUGAUUCUGAAAGUCGAAAUUCUAUGGAUUUUUCAGAUUAUAGUAGAACUAGAGGUCCACCUUCAGCUGCAUCAAUUGGUUCAAGUUCUUCACUUGAUAAUGUAGAUGAAUUUAUGCCAAAUGAUCAGGUGGAUUCAAUUUGGAUUCAAAUGAUGUCAAUGAAGAAUUUUAAUGAAAGUAAUCCUAAUCCAACUACUAAUAUAAAUGAUGUACCUACUUAUAAUGCUACAAUGAAUGGUGCAACUGCUCCAGUAAUUAAUAAUUUAACAGAUUCUUCAAAUUUAGCAGGCUUUACUCCUAUGUUUACUUCAGGAAUUGAUCUCGAUAGCUUUUUACCUAGUUUGGAUGGAGACGCAUUUGCUGGUACUAUGUCUAAUCUCCCCCUAGAGGAAAUCUUUCGAGGCUAUGACUGACUUGACUUAAUAAAAAUUAAAAAAACAUUAAAAAAAAAAUGGAAAAGGAAUAUUGGCAACAAUAUUAUCUGCCCCCCCACCCCCCACAACUACAUAUGGUUUUGAUUCUUGUAUAUAAUCCUUUCCUUCUUUUCUUCCUGUGUCUUACUCUUAUUUUUGUAUAUAUAAUUUAUUACGAGUAACUAGUAUCUACAACGAAAUAUAAAAUAUAUUUUAUUAAAUUUAUUAACUAUU